AUGCCAGCUCUGAGGCCGACAGCUCCAAUGCUGCGAGACCAGAUUUCUGAAAAAUCAGACAUGCAAUUGGAGUCACAUUUUUUAGGGCUCAUUUUUAAACCUAAUGGACGGUCUUUUGUUGAUGUAUCUGAGGAUGAAGUAAUACAAACUGUCCGUAAAGAAAAUACAAAACAGCCUGUGGACACAGAAAAGAAGAAUGAAAAGUCAAAGAAAAAAAAGAAAUCAAAGGCAGAUGCUAAAAUGAUUCAGGAUGUGUCACGUCUAGAUGGAAAGGAAGUUGAUGAAGGAACCUGGGAAACAAAAAUCAGUAACAGAGAGAAGCGACAGCAGCGUAAGAGAGACAAGGUGCUGACUGAUGGUGGCUCAGGGGAAUCAAAUCUCCAAGGGGUGGAAAAUGCAGUUACUGUAUCUAUUGAACAACUGAUGCCUACAUCAUCACUUCCAGCUGGUCUCAGAAAAAAUAAAGGUGAUGCACUUCUGAAUGCGCAAGUUAGCAGCUCUAAACCUGCAAAGGGAGAGUCAUCAAUUCCACAAGUUUCUCCAGGGCUGAGUGAAAGCCAUACAGUAAAUGGAGGAAGUUGGAAUGAGAAGUCUGUAAAAAUCUCCUCACAGAUUGGUGUAGGGGAGGAGAAGUGGACAUCUGUUCCUUCAGCUACAGCUGGGAAGAGGAAGACUGAGACACCAGCUUGGAGCCAGGACACUGGAGAUGCUAAUGGGAAUGGAAAGGACUGGGGCGUAACCCUGGUGGGCAGGCCCUGGAAAGAGCGUUCCUUGUUCACUCCUAUUGGAACCAACAGCGAGUCAGUUUCUCAGGCUGGUACUUCCGAUUUUCAGUGGGAUUUAAGUCAUGCUCAACCCCCUGUUGAUGACGAAUGGUCUGGGUUAAAUGGACUUUCUUCAGCUGAUCCCAGCUCUGAUUGGAAUGCACCAGCAGAGGAGUGGGGAAACUGGGUAGAUGAAGAAAAAGUUGCUUCUGUUCCUCAACCUGAAGAGAUAUCUGAUGUUCAGAAGGUAAAAGAUAAUGAAAGAGAAAAAGCAGAGCCAAUUCUUCAGAGUUCUACAAGUGGGAAAUCCAAGAAAAAGAAGAAGAAAAAGAAGAAGCAGGGUGAAGAAGCUAACUCUCCUGCACAGGAAAUAGCUUUUUCUCUGAAGACCAUAAGUACUAGUGAACCGGCUAAGGUACGGAUACAAAAUUGGAUUUAUGUUACAGAGGCUCCUUUGCUUGCUGUUUCUACUGAGCCAUCUGUAAUUGUAUCAGAGAGCGAUUCUGGCAAGGUCGCUUCCCAAGUGCCACAGAUGCUGCAAGAGACAGAUGUUUCUAGUCCCAAUAUUAAGCAAAACAGUGUGCCUCCUCCACAGACAAAGUCUGAAGAAAGCUGGGAAUCCCCCAAACAAGUUAAAAAGAAGAAAAAAGCAAGAAGGGAAACGUGAACUUCCGAGAUGGACAUGUGUUGCUGAAUACUGUCAUAAAGAUUAUGCUGUUUAUGCAAUAAUUUGUGAACAUGUACAGAAUUUUAUAUAAAUUUCAAACAAUUUUUAAAAACGGAACUGCUGUGAACACAAACACCUUUAAAAAGGAAUCAAAGGAAAGCAACUUUAUGAUACAGCAAACAGAACAUGCUACAUUUGAAAGACAUUCUGAAGAGUCUGUUUUUCCAACUUUUGGGAGAGAUCUUAAAAAAACCCUGGUUUUACAACACAGUGCCCUGUUUACAACAGAUUAUACUCUCAUCUACAGCUGCGGACAAAAGGUUAAUUUCAAGGAAGGGUUUUCUGUAAAAAUAAUUGUCUCUACAAUAGUGGGUGUUUCUUGCCUCUCUUACGAGUGAUGCAUUAGAAGCACAGAAUGUCAAACAUGAAUUUGUUUCAUGCCUAAAUCAAAAUGCUUUGAUUAAAUACAUAAUCUGCCAUAUCUUUACAGUAAGUUGGUUAGCAAGUCUGCUAGCUGUUACAGGAAUCACAAGUGCAAAUCAUUAACCAUUUGUACAGUCAGACCUUCAUGGUUUAUUAUAUGAAGUUAACACAAUAAAACUGCUUUGGG